AACGGGAACUCCUCCCCUCACACCUACUUCCUGUCAGCCAAAAAAGCAAAACACAGCCGAAUGAAUGCACGGUAGCACUAUCAUUUCAGCAAAAUAGUGAGUAAUUCUGGCAAAACAGCUCCUGCGUUGGCUGGGUCGGUUCAGGAUGACAUCUCAAGCAAACAGGGUGAUGGCACUGUCGGAGUGGGAAGACCGCUGGCACGAGGGCAGGACUGGCUUCCAUCAGCCCCACGUUCACAAGCUCCUUGAGAACAACCUCGACAAAGUGCUGUGUGAUCGAAAAGAUGUCCGGUUCUUCUUCCCUCUGUGUGGGAAAGCUGUUGACAUGAAAUGGCUGGUAGACAAGGGGCACUCGGUAGUCGGGGUGGAGAUAUCAGAGAAGGCCAUUAAGCAGUUCUUUGAAGAACACGAGGUGGCCUACGCUGAAGAAACAGUGUCGGCCAUACCUGGCGCCAAGGUGUUCAAGAGCUCUGAUGGGAAGAUCUCCAUGUAUCAGUGUGACCUCUACAAGUUCUCCAGUGAGGUGGCAGGGCAGUUUGGUGCAAUCUGGGACAGAGGGUCCCUGGUGGCCAUCAACCCGUGUGACAGACCGAGGUAUGCUGCUCUCAUUGCAUCUCUGAUGGAUAAGAACUGCAAAUAUCUCCUGGAUACACUACUGUACAACCCAGAAUUAUACAGUGGACCUCCCUUUUUUGUUUCUGAUGAGGAUGUUAAAAAUCUCUUUGGUCCAAGUUGUGAUAUUCAGCUCCUGGAGGAGACUGAUGCAUUCCAGGAGCGCCACAAGCAGUGGGGACUAGACUCCCUCACAGAGAAAGUGCAUCUGCUGUCUCCAAAGGCAAACUGAUGGCCCUAAAUGGAGCUGAAUAAAGUUGAGCCUUCAAUAAAGUUCCUAUUUUCAUGGAACUAAAUGAUGACAAAAUUGGAAUUGUUCUGAUGCUGUACAUUACUUAUUGUCAAAAUAUUACCUCUACUUGAAGGGAUUUGUAUUGUUUAUGCUUGAUUUAAUAAUAAUAAAAAAAUAAUGUA